CAGUAUAUUUUUUUAAUUCAAAAUAUACUCGAUAGAAGAGUGAACCCUAAAGUGGUUGCCACUUGAAUACACGGGAGUGUUAAAAAUAGUAUUCCAUGCAACAUUUUUUACCGCCCGCGAGAUUUGAUCGGAAAAUUUGUGAAGAGAGCGCGUCAAAUUGAUGAUUAUUUCAUUAGAUUGUGAUGCUGUCUGUAUAAAAAUUUCUUUCCUGACACUUCUUUAUAAAUAGAAAUUAUUUAUAAAAGGCCAACAUUGACUUUACAGACACACGCGGACGACUUUAUAUGUGCGCUUCUCUGUUUCAUCAUACAUGCAAAUUGGUUAGAUUGUAGAGAAAGAACGGAAAAACGCGUGUGUAGCAAAAAAUAAGAGAGAGAGAAAGAAAAACCUCAAGACAUUCCAGGCAUUUGAUUGAGGAAGACCAGUUUUAGAGAGACAGAGAAAGACGAGAAGGAAGAGGGGAAGGAAAAGUAUAGUGUUGAAGAAAAUUCCGCAGUCGCGAUAGAGGAAGUCUGACAAUGGACAGUUUUUGAUUAAAUAGUAAUAAUAUUCGGUUCAAUAUAGAGAUAAGAGGAACAGAGAGUCCAGUGCAGAAAGCAGACACGGUGAAGAGAGAGAGAGACAGAGAAAGAGCAGGACAGUAUAUAAAUCUAUAUCUUGGGUGACUUCGAGGAAUGGUAGUGAUUUUGGACGCCAAGAAGAGCAAUUAUAAAAUGAUGGUGGCCUCUUUGCCAGCACGCUCGCUGACUUCCGUGUGUCGACCAUUUUGAAAGUGCAUGGCCGAAGAAUAGGUCACACUCCGUAUUUUUGGGGGAGAGAAGAGUGUAGAGAGAGAGCAUGUUGCUCGCAGUUUUUGGGGGUUGCUGAAGGCGGCACUGCGAGGGUGUCUGUGGCAAAAUUCCAAGCCUGGCCGGUUGUAUUCCUGCUCGGGAGUGUUUCUGUGUCACUGCCCAUCUCACAAGUUGUGGUGAAAAAGUGUUUUCGACAGUUGGUGCCAUUCGACCCCCACGCAAACUUCACGUGAAACAACACCCUUAUCGGGAAAAUUCCGGAAGUUGUCCCUUUUUGACGCUCCAUCCAAUGUAUAGCAGCACAACUGCAGCUCCUAGAACAGCAUAUCCUGGAGCUCCACCACCGUCUGCCCUGAAGGGGGGUCAGAGGCCCGCCAUGACUAGUCCGGCUGGCGGAAUCGCGGGCACUCCGUACAGAGGAGCGAGCUGGACGGCGCAAGGAUACGCUCCUGCCCAGCAAGCGUACAGAUAUUCAGCCCCACUUCCGCAACCCGCAUACGCAGCAUACACACCACACACAACCACGUACGGACAGCGAGUUCCGACAGCUGCAUCGCCUAGUAAUACCAACUCAAGCAGCUCAUCCAACACAGGAUCCCAGAGUGGAACACUGAGUACUAGUCUGAGUAAUACGAACACGAACAACACAAUGGGUCCCAAUGGCACGCCACAAGUGCAGGAGCAACUGUCCAAGACUAAUUUGUACAUUCGUGGACUUCAGCAGGGCACUACUGAUAAAGAUUUGAUUAGCAUGUGUCAACAGUAUGGAACGAUAAUCUCAACAAAAGCUAUUCUUGACAAGACAACAAACAAGUGCAAAGGAUAUGGGUUUGUUGAUUUUGAGUCGCCGGCUUGUGCCGAGGGAGCCGUGAAAGGGCUCCAAGCAAAGGGCAUCCAAGCUCAGAUGGCCAAAGUGGGUAUCUGGGUGCUACAUAGGCCGGCCAUUCAACAAGAACAAGAUCCGACAAACUUGUACAUCGCUAAUCUGCCACCAACUUACAAAGAGACAGACUUGGAGAAUUUACUGUCUAAGUACGGACAAGUAGUAUCUACUAGGAUUCUACGUGAUCAACAGGGCCAGUCCAAAGGUGUAGGCUUUGCACGAAUGGAUUCACGUGAAAAGUGUGAAUCGAUUAUACAAAUCUUCAACGGUACGCAACUUCAAGGUGCCAAAGAUCCGCUUCUCGUUAAGUUUGCCGAUGGUGGCUCAAAGAAGAAGAAUGCAUACAAGAGUCCCGAUCCAAAUGCACGCACAUGGAGGGAUGUUACUGAGGGAAUUCCAGUGGCUUACGAUCCGGCUUUGCCGCAGAACGGCGUGAGCGUGAAUGUGGGCACGACUAUCGGGGUGCCAUACACACGCUUUGGAACACCCCAGGUGGGUGGCUACGCCCUGCCUGGCUCCCAGUGGGUUCCCGGCUACAUGAUGGCUCAGCCGAUGGCGCCCGUGGACGAUCAGCAGUACAUGCAGAUGACGGCGGCGCCCCACUUGGGCGUGAGUCCGGCUUACAAGCCCGACGGCGUGACUCAGGUGCAGCCACGCGGAAUCUCUAUGGUGAUGAGCAGCGAUGCCGCCGGUGUGCCGUACGGUGCUAUGAUGCCCCAACUCGCCACCCUUCAGAUCGGAUCUUCGUACAUUAAUCCGCCGUACCCAUACUAUCCACCAACAAUUAUACCCACAAUGCCAAUACCAGAUUCCGAACAAGCGAGUACUGCUGCAUCCCCAGAUGAAGCAUAUACUCAAUAUCCUCAUCCGGCUGCGCCUAAGUAGAUGAUGAAAGCUUUUGCAUUCGAAUACCUCAAAUUUAAUUCAUCCAUUUGAGAUGAUUGUAUAAUUUGAUGAUUUUUCUGGUACGACAAUUUCCUUGUUUUAGGAUAAAACAGAAAAAAACUGUUACAAGAAGUUGUGUGGAAUUUUAAAAUGUAAAAAAGAAAAGAAUUGAGAUGAAAAGUAAUAGGGAAUGUCAAGAAUGACCUAAAACAUGAAUUUGUCGCAAAAAAAAUGUAAAGGAGAAUUGUAAAACAUUCUGAUGAGUGUAAGUUUGUUGUGUCUCCUCUUCCAAAUGGUCUUUUUUUUUAUAGGAUAAGGAGUCUUUCUGGCGAAUCUGUGUUUUUUCCGAUUUUACAUGAUUCGGUUUUUUGGGUGUUUGGUUAAAAUGUGGAAAUUGUGAACCAAAGUUAGGGGUGUAAAAUUGGAAAAUCCACUCUUCGUCUAGAAUAUAAGGAUGCUUCGUGUGAUUAGAUUAAAUCUAGUUAAUUUAUUCUAUAGGCUUUUUAAAUUUUUUUUAAUAGAAUUGAAAUGGCGCUACUGUGGAAAAAAAUAUUCUUUGAAAUCAGUGAAAAUACAUAUAUUUUUUGGCUAAGAAUUGAUCAGAAUUCACUUGUAAAUAGACAAAAUUUUCGUGAGAUUGUUUUUGAGUAGAGAAGAUGGAAAAAUGAAUGAAGAAAAAACUACUGGGAAACGUGCAAUUUUACAUUGAAAAUCUUUUUUUUUCUAAACCAUCAUCUGAAGACUUUUCGAGAAAAUUCACAGUGUUUGAGGUUUUCUUUCGCUUUUCACGUGUUACCACAGUUUUGUUUUUUUGUUUAGAAUAUGUAAUUUUUACUUUACCUAAAACAAGAGGAAGAGUUUUAGGACAGAAGAACAAAUGGGAAAUAAACGAAGAAGAGGAGAAAUGUAAAAAGACAAGGAAUUGAUUAUGAAAAUUGAGUAGUGAAUGUUUUUUAGCACUUUCCACACUCAUUUCGGUUAUGAAGAGGAUUAUAAUUCCAAGCAAAAGAGAAAAAUGCAAUUUAAGAGAAUAAAUAAAACUCUAAAAGACAUUUUUGAGUUAUCGUAGGCUUACAAGGGUGCCAUAAAGUCUCUAUGUGUUUUUUAUAUUUUGAUUUUUUUAUGUGUUGUUGUUUUUGAUUGUUUUAUAUUUCCUCUCAAUUUUUUUUGUGUAAAAGGAUUUGUGAUUUUUAUGUUAUUUAAAUAUUUAAAUUCCUGCAGAUUUAUUUAUUUUUGUCCUCACAAACUCUCCUUUUUCUUGUUUAUCAAAUUGCAUUGCGAUCCGAAUAAAUUGGAUGUGAAAAGUGUAUUUUUUACAAUGGUAAAAGAUGUUCACUGCUCAAUUUUGGCAAUGAAUGAGGAAAGGAAUAAAUAACAGAAAUAUAAACUAUUUUUGACACUAGGAAUGUGCGCCAAGCGUUUAUCAAUGAGGUGUAAAAGUACUCUUGAGAGAUAAUAAAAGAAAGAAAAAAACCAGAGAGAGAAAAAUGCAAAAGAAUGAUAAAUAAUCUAGUCUUGAAUUUCAACAAUAACUGAAAGAGUAAAAAACAGAAGAGAGGAAUAAGUAAAUCAAUCUCUAGAGCACCCCAAGAAUUCUAUUUAUGAUUUUUUUUUAGUUUUUUUGAAAGAAAAAAAUACAAGGAUAAGAAAACGUCAAUACAAGAAAUUUUGACCACUAUUGUGAAGCUCUUCGGGUGAAAAAAAAUGCAUAGAAAACCCGAAGUGAAAAUAUGUUUAUUUAAUAUUUUCUCGAUGAGAAAACAAAAUAUUAACAAAAAGAAAACAGUUUAACACUCCCUCAGAAAUACAAAAGAAUAAAGAAAGGAAUCUUCCAUGCAGAAAUUAGAUAAAGAAGCAAAUUUUUAAUCAACUUUUGAGAGGCCGCUGUGCCUGAAAAUUACAAAAAAACGAAUAUUGCAAAACCAAAAUAGGUCAAAGAGAUAAUGAAUGACAGAUUUAACAUUAGGGUGGAGUUUUUGAAGCCACUUUUAGCGGACUUUUUAAGUGAUGCCUGCUUCAUAAGUUUUUUCAGUGUGGAGAAAUAGAGAAUCGAAUUAAGAAAAUAUGUUGGAGAAAUGCUUUUUGUGCUGGCAAUUCCGUAAUUUUGAAAACAUAUCAUCCAACUUAUUUUCCUAAUUAGAUUUAUUGAACAUCACUUUUAGUAAAAGAGAAAAAAAGAAAACAUUCCAUUUUAACCAACUUUCGAAGCACAUUUUUUUGUAGUGAGUGAGAAAGAGACAUUUUUGUCAAAAAUCAGAGUCUUUUGGGUUGAGAGAAAAAAAUUCAAAAUUUUAAUUAACUUCCUAAAUUAUUUUCGGGUAUCAUCACAAGAGUAAUGGAAAAAUAAAUUUAAAAAUGUAGUAUAUUUUUAAUUUUUAGACUCAAAAUAUACAACAACACAUUUUUGUAGAAUUGUGCCUUUUCACAAUUGAACAGAAGAAGAUGAAGAAAAAAAAAAUAGGAGAAGAACAAAAAUGUUGAAGAAAUGAGGAAAUGGUAAAGAAAUUAUUUUUUAGGAGGGACAUUUUAUCAAGCUCGAUUCCGAAAAACACAAAGAAGAUAGAGAGAGGAGAGAGAGAGAGAAAAGGGGGAAAUUGCAAACUUGGCCAUUUUUCGCAUUUCUGUAUUUAGGUUAUUGAGCAUCGAUAAAUAAAAAAAAAUCAGGUAAAGACCAAAAUGUGAAAAAAAAUUGGUAAACUCGAGAUGGUAUAAGAUAUUUACACGACACAUUUUACCAUGUAGCGAUGUGAAGUGACAAAAAUGCGGUUUCAGACCUUCUUUAUUGGGAAAUGAUAGACAGCGAGAGGAUCAUUUUGUCUUGCACUGUAUUCUUCAGAGUUAAUCUAUUGGCAAAACGGUGCCAAAAACACAGAAUUGGAUUUAUUAGUGACACUUUUAUUUUGCGCAAAGAAGAAAUGUUUUGAUAGAGACUCUUUUCUGGCUAUGCUUUGCUUUAGUGGGAGAAAGAGAGAGAAUACUCUGAAACUCCGCCCCCGCGGAUGCGCCGCCCAGUUUCAUGGGUUGUCCUUCCACUAAAGUAGAGCAAUUCCGCACUUUUGACUUAAAGAGUAAUAAAAAAAUAUAUUGCACAUUGAGGCAAUCUCUCGGGAAAACUAUCCUGAGGUGGCAACAAAUUUUGAGAUAAUAUAUUUAAAGAAGAAUUGAAAAAUACAGUACUUCAUAGUUUGGAAAAAUAUUGAGAAUGAAACCAACAAGACAUAAAGACUAAAAGAGAAAUAAACAAAGUGAGAGUGACGGGGCAGGAAAAGGAUUAUUGAUAUUUUUUCAAUUUUAUGAAGAAAAAGAAAUGUUCCAAAGUUACACUUUUUAACAAAACCAUUUAAAUGGAGAAGAAACCUUAAAAGCGCGCGACUCUUAAGAAAUGGGGACAAAAUCAUUAUUUGUAUUAACCGUAUAUUAAAUGAUUGAGAAAAAAUGUUGAGCAAGAGCGAAGAGUGGUGAAUUAUACAAGACAAAAAACUGAAGUAGAGGAUGAAGUACGUUUAUAUGUAAAAAAAAAACAAUCACGACUGAUAACAACAAGAAUUAAGAAAAAAAAUAUAUUUAAAAAGUAAAGUAAGAUGAUGAAAUGACAGGAGACAAUUAUCUUGAAAGGUGAGGAAAUGUGUGUAGAAGAAUGCAGAGGAGUUCGAGGAAGGAACCUCUUUCGUAGUGAAAAUAAAAUUUAGGAAAUAUAGUAAUUGAUAAGGAAAUGCACUGCAAGUGGCAAGUAAAUUUAAAGAAGGGGAAGAAAGUAUUUAAAGUGGAUUUUUGAGGUGCGCAAAAGUAGAGAGAAUCUUCUUUUUCUGUUAUGGAAAAAGGAAUAAACUUAGGAUAUUUAAGUGAGAAGUACUGUUAAAUUUACCAACUAAGACAUGAAUUAAUUAGAUUUUUUCGUUCGUUUUUCUUCAAUGAAAAUCCACAAGAGAAAUUCCUCAAGAGAGAAACAGAAGUUAUGAAGAAAACUUACAUUUUAAGGACAUUUAGAAUAGAUUGAGAAAGAGAAGUAGUGAAAAAAAAAGAACACGCUGAAGAUGAAAAUAUAGUUUUUAAUAUGGGAUUAAGAGAGGAGAUAAAAGGAAAAUUAGGUAAUUUUAAAGUGAAUGAAGACUAGUUAUUAAGUGAAGAAAACAGAAAUCUUAGAUGAAUAAGAGAAUCCCAUUUGUUUUGCGCCGUUUUAAAGAAUUGAGUUACUCUUUAGGUCUUCUUUAUUUUUUUUCUGUGAAUCGAUGAUAUAAGGGAAAAGAAACAAGAAUUAAUUUAUUUGUAUAAAGAUUAAGUGAGAAAGAAACUGUGAGACACAACUUCCGUUGGACGUGCAAGGAGAAAAAUCCUUCCCAAGGAUUUCCCUUUGCAUGAUUCAUUUGGGGAAGAAUGUGCGCGGGCUUCCACCUUUCCUUUGACCAUUCAGUUCAGUCGAUGCAGAAGUCUUUCUAAAAAUCUGUGAAAGUCGGUGUGAAAAGGCCCAUAGCGUAAAGGAAAAAGCAUAGGAUUGUAAGUAGUCGUUAAUUUAGGUCAUGAUGAAAAAUCCUUUUCUUUCAUGAGUUGUUCUUUCUGCGCCUUUCGAUCAUACUUUUUCCUAGCAAGUAAGGGAAAGAACUACCGCCUAGUCUUGAUAAAGAGGUGAGGAGAGAAAGUGUAGUUUUUAAGAAGUGCAGAAGAAGAGGAUAAAAAUCACAUUAAAAAUCCCACUCAUUCAGUGGCAGAAAAAAAGAGAGAAACUAGAACUUGAAGAGAAGAAAUUGAUGAUUAGUGCGUAGAAGUUAGUUGAUAAAGGAAUAAACAUGCUGUAGUUUUAUAAAUCUAGACAUUAGUUGACCUUAGGAAUGUAGAUUUUAUUACUAUUAAUUACCAUUUAGAUGAUGAUGAAGGAUAAAGUGAGGCGAGAGCGAAGAACUUAGGCAAGAUGAUGAAAAACACACUGCUAGGAUUUUUAUUGCAAAAAACACACACAGAAAAUCCCAAGAGGAAAAAUUCUAUUAAAAUAAAAAUUCACAGUAGUGUUAAAUUAUUUUUUCUAUCUUAAGUGAAAAGGAGAACUUGAUGAUGAAUAAAGCUCAGACGUUAAGAGAUUUUUAGCAUUAGAUUAACAAGAAAGAAAAAAAGUGAGAAAUGUUGCAAGGUUCUUUGAGUAGUGUGAAAAUUCUCAAUGAGAGAAAAAAAAAUGAGAAGAGCACUCAAAGAAAAGCGCGCCCUACACUGAAAAAAAAACUUGUAAAAAACAGCAAGUAGGAAAGUCUCUCGAGAAUUUGAGAGAUGAGCAAGAACAACUUUUUAAAUUAGCUAUGUAAUUAGUUAGGUUUAAAAUUUAAAUUGAAUUUUAGUCAUUCUAAAGAUGAAAAA